AUGGAAUACGCGCACCUCGGGAGCGGCGGCGGCGGCGGCGGCGGCGGCGGGGAUCGAACCGGCGGUGACGCGUCUCCGUACGCCGCGACGGGGUCCGCGCUGAGCGUCGCCGCGGGUCGAAUCGCGUUCGCGUUCGGCUUCGGUUCGACCGCCGUCUCGGUGGACACCGCGUGCAGCGCCGCGCUGACCGCCGUCCACGUCGCGCGCUCGGGGGCGUUGCAUCGGGGAGGGUUCGCCGACGACAGCUCACGGCUGUCGAAUUUGAACUUGAAUUCAUACUCGAAUUCGGAACGGUCGGCGUCGUCGGCGUCGUCGUCGCGUCACUCGGUGUGCGGCGGCGCGAACCUCAUGCUCGGCGCGACGAACGCCGCGGCGAUCCGCGCGGCCGGGAUGCUCGCCGUCGACGGUCGAUGUAAAACUUUCGACGCGGGCGCGGACGGAUACGGUCGCGGGGAAGCGUGCGGGGUGUUUCUGCUUCGUCACUCGGGACCCGGUGGCGAAUCUGAUUCGGAUCAAAAGGUGCCGAUCGGCGUCUUGGGCGUGCGCGUGGACGCGUCCGCGGCGAAUCAGGACGGACGGAGCGGGUCGCUGACCGCGCCGAACGGGCUCGCGCAACGCGCGGCGAUCGCGGAAGCGUGGCGCGAAUCCGCCCCCGCCUCGUUCCCCCGCGCCGUCUCCACGCACGGGACGGGGACC